CGUCUUCAAUCUCUACCCCGGGGAACCUCUUUCUUUAGCUGGAUGUAGCGUAUGCUCGCAGAAGCCACCAAAUGAUGGAAUACGUGUUUCUGUAUUCUCGUUCUCAUGGAACCGCAUUUACACCGACUCAGGAUUAUAAGUAGGAUGCUCCCAACACGAUUCCUCCGUACUAGAGCAUAUCAUGCUUCGAGCUCUUUGUAUCCUCCUGACAUUCUUGCUGUCUGCUAUCGCGGAGAGUCUAUCCCCUCAAAAGAUUACACUCUCCUCUCGAGUGGCUCCUCCCGGGAAGUCGCUGAAACGAAGAGCUCUAUCACCAUCGAACAUUCCGCUGGUUGAUUUUUUCAAGGGUACAGACCUACAGUGGUUCGGUAACAUCACCGUCGGGACUCCGCCACAGGAUGUCACAGUCGUAUUCGAUACAGGAAGCUCUACUUUGGAAUUCGCGAGUACCCUCUGCUCCACAUGUACUUCCCAGAUUCAAUUCGACCCAUCUGCGAGCUCAACCUUUGUUGAUGGCGGUCGUACUAGCACUAUCACUUUUGCGACUGGAGUCGGCGUAGAUCCUGUUAUUGGCGAUAACACUCAACUCCAUUUGCGUAGCGCGACUGACACUGUGUCAGUUGGCGGUCUGUCGUCGCCCAACGUGUCGCUCUUCUUGAUCACGGAGCAAACCCCCACUUUUGAUAUAGAUCCUUUUAGUGGAAUCCAAGGAAUGGGCGCAACAGCACAAGGAUUUUUCGCCGCGUUAAUCGCCAGAGGACUUCCCUCCUUAUUUGGCAUGUUUCUUACACCGUUAUCUGUCGGUAAUGCGGAGCUUACUAUCGGAGGUAUCGACGAGACAAAAUUCAGUGGCAAUCUCACAUUUGCAUCUCAGGCUGGGUCUGGAGCUGCAUGGGAGCUCCGCUCACCCGGUGUCUCUGUGAAUGGAAAGACUACAUCUCUCCUGAAUACCCAGCGCACAAUUAUUUUCGAUAGUGGAACGAGCAACGUCCUUUUUGAUACUGAUACCGCGGAGGCGAUGUAUGCUCUCAUCUCUCCCGAUAUUCAGCCCAACCCGGCGGAACCGGGAACUUACGGCAUUGCUUGCGACCUCAUUCCAACGCUUUCAGCCGACAUCGACAUCACCUUUACCAGUCAACAGGGCACACCGUUCAACCUAACCAUUCCCAGUAGCGAGCUCAGUGUUGGACCCUUUGCUAGUAACGCAUCCUUGUGCCAGACUCUUAUCAAUGCAUUCGAUGGACUAGAGCUCGUAGGGGGCAGUUUGCUUAAGCACUACUAUAGUGUCUGGGAUGUGGGAAACAAAAGAAUGGGGUUUGCUGCUAUUUGAAUUUUAUUUGCUGAGCUUCGCGAUGAAGAUUUCGUGCUUGUACGCCGCCGCUUUCAGGGCUUCAUUUUUAUUCAACCUGUGUAAGGAUCGUUUUUAAGGAUCGUUUUGAAGAAACGCAUGAAUAAUACUCACUUCAUGUCCGAAAGUGGGUCUUCGCACUCUACGCGUGGCAUGUACAUACUGUAUAUACGAGUCCUCAAGGCCUCAAGCUUCAAGGCCUCACUUACACGCUCUUACACGUAUGCUAUUUAAGUGAGG